AUGCGUGUCUCUACUACCGUGCUGGCCGCGCUGCCUUUGGCUCUGGCCAACCCCAUCCCCGAGGGACGCACCGAGCCGGCUCCUCUGAUACUGCACGACCGCGCCGAGCCUGCUCCCCUGAUCCUGCAAGAGCGCUCUGAGCCCGCUCCCCUCUACCUACACGAGCCCGAGGCCGACCUCGUGGCCCGCGGCGGCAGCGGCAAGUUCAUCAUCAAGUGGAAGUCCGACAGCGCCGCUGGCAGCCUCAACAAGACGCUCGCGGGCAUCGACGAUGAGAACCUCGCUUAUCGCUACAACGACAUCUUCCGCGGUUUCACGGCCAACGUGGACAGAGAGACCAUUGAGGGCUUCCGCAUGAUCCCCGACGUCGAGUACAUUGAGCAGGACGUGGCUGGUGCCUCGACCGGCUUCCUUACCCAGGGCGGCGCUGAAUGGGGUCUCGGCCGCAUCUCUCACCGCACACGCGGCUCUCAAGACUACGUCUACGACGAGUCCGCUGGUGAGGGUGUCUGUGUCUACAUUGUUGACAGCGGUAUUGACGAUCGCCACCCUGAUUUCGAGGGCCGAGCCCACCAAAUCGCGAGCUUUGUUCAAGGCUCCAGGAUUGACGAUCUCGGCCACGGCACGCACUGCGCCGGCACCAUCGGCUCCAAGACCUUUGGCGUCGCCAAAAAGGCCGACCUGUACGGCAUCAAGGUCAUCAGCAGCGACGACAAGGCCUGGUUCUCGGACGUGAUUGCGGCGUACGACCUGGUCCGUCGCGACUCGGCCGAGCGCGACUGCCCCAACGGCGUCGUCGUCAGCAGCUCCCUGGGCGGACCCUUUUCGCAGUCGAUGAACGACGCGGCCGACGGCAUGGUCGACGCCGGCUUCUUCAUGGCCGUCGCCGCCGGCAACGACAACCGCGACGCCAAGGACUACUCGCCCGGCUCCGCCCCCAAGGUCUGCACCGUCGGCGGCACCCAGAUCGACGACCGCCGCUACGCAAGCUCCAACUUUGGUCCUCUCAUUGACGUCAACGCCCCGGCCGUCGACAUCCUCUCCACCUACCCCAACCAGCGGCAGGCCUGGAUGAGCGGCACCUCCAUGGCUACGCCUCACGUCGCUGGCCUGGCUGCCUACCUUGCCUCCAAGAGUCGCACCAAGGCCACUCCCGGCCUGUGCAAGACCAUUGCCGACAUGUCGACGAAGAACGCCAUUACCAACCAGCAGUACGGCACCGUCAACAGCAUUGCCUACAACGGCAACGAAUUUGCUUAA